UGCGGCAUUCGUUUGAACAGUGGUGCUUGCGGAUUUGGUGCUGUGGCUUUAAACUUGUUAACUUCAAGAACUUCAACGAACUUCUAGCUUCUAGAAAGCAGAACGCGUAUACUUUUACGAGUACUUUAAUGUGAGCAGAUUUGUUAAUCGUAACUGAACUACCUCAUCAAUGGCAUAUUUUAGGAUAUUCAGCGCAUCUUUAUGCCUAAGUCUUGCAUCGCUGGUGUGCGGGGAACCACCAGUGCAAGGUUACCACUACAGGCCAAACGGUCACCAAUCCAACGGUUUCAACAGGCCCAGUACAACUUAUCUACCUCCUAAAACCGGUAUAGCCCUACCCAGCAGCUACUUACCACCAAACUCCUUCACUGGCCCGGGACAGUAUGACAACGGUAACAGCCACCACCACAGUCAUAAUCACCACCAUGGGAAUGAGAAUGAAGUGCCAAAAUCCUACGAAUUCGGGUAUUCAGUGAAGGACGCACAAUCUGGGAAUGACUACGACAGGCGAGAGAUGUCAGAUGGGAACGUAGUCCGCGGCGAAUACAGAGUGCAGUUGCCCGAUGGGAGGUUGCAAAUAGUAACCUAUCAUGCGGACUGGCGGACUGGUUACCACGCGAACGUGAGGUAUGAAGGAGAAGCGAGGUAUCCCGAAAACAAUAACCAGGGUUACAGUUACAACGCACCACAGUUUACUGGGUCCCUCAACGGUUUUAACAACCCAGGAAGCAGUUACAAACCUUCCACAGCGUACGGACCACCUGGAUAUCAAUAGCAAUAAUAAUAAUUGCGCCUUAGCACACUGAUGCAUUCGCAAGCUGUAUUUAAAUUUCUUAAACUGAACACCUUCAAGUAAAGAUUUGUAUAUAAACCUGUGGAGAUGAU